CUCUACCCUCUUGGCCCAUUCACAUUCGGGCAUUCACCAAAGCACGUAGCGUGCUGUUUACUUAUAUCUUUCUUUCUCGUAUUUGUUUCUUUGGGAAUUCUCCAAUCCCUCGUUAAACCUACCGUCUCCCGGAAAACCCCUCCCUAGCAACCUGCCCCGCUCCCAACAACAACACACCACCACCACCACCACCACCACCAUGUCGCGCCAUCGCGUUAAGGCUGUGAGCUACGACGAAGAUGACUUUGACGAUGACUAUGAUUCCCCGGAUCCCGAGGAGGAGGAAUUUCUUGAGCAGUGCACUGCAGAAGUGUUGAACCAGCUCCGUGCAGGGGACCCUCCUGUCACCGCGACUCGCGAUGAGGUGCAAGAGGCGCUAUGGCACUAUUACAAUGAUGUUGAGAAGUCUGUGAAUUACCUGAGAGGUAAAAAGACGAAGGAGGUCAAGAAGAAACAGGCUUCGGCUCCGGCUCCGGCUGUCAAGGCAAAAGCAAGCACAGGCCCAAGCCCCGACGAUGUUGUCUUGAAUGCUCAGAGCUCUGCAAAAGGCUUCAAAUCGAAACAACCUGCUUCUAAGUCAGCAGGUGACAAGAAAUCCCAGGCCGGUUUGGCUGAAGGCAUGAACAGCCUGAGUGUGGAGGAGAAGGUGAAUGUGAAGAGCAAGAACCUAGAUGUACUGUCUGAAUACCAGAAAACGCAACGGAAGAAAGCCAUGAAUUUCGCCGUUAUCGGUCAUGUCGACGCAGGAAAGAGUACGUUGAUGGGACGCCUGCUGGCCGACCUCAAAGCUGUCGAUCAGCGCACGUUAGAGAAAUAUCGUAAAGAGGCAGAGAAGAUUGGGAAGGGAUCCUUUGCCCUUGCCUGGGUAUUGGAUCAAGGCUCCGAGGAGAGAGCUCGGGGUGUUACUAUUGAUAUUGCAACCAACAAGUUCGAGACGGAGAGUACGGUGUUUACGAUUGUGGAUGCUCCGGGUCAUCGGGACUUUGUACCCAAUAUGAUUGCGGGCGCCAGUCAAGCCGAUUUUGCUGUUCUCGUCAUCGACUCUAGCAUAGGCAAUUUUGAGUCUGGACUCAAGGGUCAAACGAAGGAGCAUGCUCUCCUCGUGCGGAGUAUGGGUGUGCAGAGGAUCAUCAUUGCUGUGAACAAGAUGGACUCUGUCCAAUGGGACCAAGGUCGCUUUGAAGAGAUCGAACAGCAGGUUUCUUCUUUCCUGACAACUGCUGGAUUCCAAGCCAAAAACAUCGCUUUCGUGCCCUGCUCGGGUAUUAGCGGCGAUAACGUAACUAGACGCAGCGAAGACCCGAAUGUCUCAUGGUACAAGGGUCAUACGUUGAUCGAGGAGCUUGAAGCUACGGAACCUUACGCCCAUGCUAUUGAGAAGCCAUUGAGAAUGACCAUUGGGGACGUCUUCCGGGGCAGCGUUCAGAAUCCUCUAUCCAUUUCUGGCCGCAUCGACGCCGGUAGUCUCCAAGUUGGCGAUCAGAUCCUUACGAUGCCAAGUGGCGAAAAGGCCACGAUACGCAGCUUGGAAGUGGACGGGGAGCCCAACGACUGGGCGGUGGCGGGCCAGAACGUCACGCUCAACCUGGUCAAUAUUGAUCCCAUCCAUCUCCGAUCUGGCGAUGUCAUCUGCCGUGCCUCGGCACCCAUUGCCAAUGUCACUUCGUUUACGUGCAAGGUGUUGGCCUUUGACCAUCUGUUGCCCAGCAUGGUGGACAUCCACCGGGGCCGCCUGCACGUACCCGGCCGGAUCAGCCAACUGGUCGCAACCUUGGACAAGGUGACUGGCGCAAGCAUUAAGAAAAAGCCCAAGAUUGUUGCACCCGGCACUGUGGCACGGAUAGUGGUUGAGAUGGACCAGGCUGUACCUCUUGAGGCACCUACACGCAUUGUACUACGAGCUGGGGGUGAAACAGUGGCUGCUGGGUUGCUAGAGUAGAUUAUGGGCUUGAUUGCAUUGUCUGGACAAUAUAUAUUUAUGAUGUAGAUAGUAUGUCCCAG